AUGCAGCUUCUACCCACUGCUGUGCUUCAAGAACUACAGCAGCAAACACAAGAAGGAGGCGAACGACAGGGUGGCAGACUUGGAGCGGAAACAGGCCGAGGAAGAGGAAUGGGCGCGGACUCAUCACCCGAGACGCGCGAGGCAUCGUUCCCAUUCCCCGCAACAGACCGCAUACACGCCACACCACCACAGACGCCGUCACUCGACAGCGAAGGUCCCGGAGUUUCGAGAUGGAAAGCUCUACAGGUAUCGGGACGCGGACGAGGUAGAGCAGAGCUCGCGCUCGCGCUCGAGCGGCCACCGUCGCCGACCCUCGAACGACCGCGAGAUGGAUCGGGAGCGCCGCCAGCGACAUCACGGUCACGCACCGCCGAGACGAUACCACCACAGCUCCUAGGAGGGCGUGCUGGCUCCGAUGCCGUCUCACUGAGAAAGGGCUCCCCUGACUCUUUCAAGGAUUACAGAACGGGCCAGAUGGAAGCAACGAGUGCCCAUCUGCGGACCGUCAUGUCGUCCAAUCCGGUUGCGGUGGUGCCUAUAAGUAAAUCUUCAUUGCGCGCGACAACAUGGGAAACGUCGGCCGAGCGCUCUCGUUCAGUAACUCCAGUUUCUCGUCACUCAUCCCCAGUCAACAGCAUAUCAUCUCUAAGCUCUGGACAUUCUCCAGCCAGCAGCUUCGCUUUCGAUCUACGUAGACGACUUCCCGACCUCAGGCUACUGAAAAAGAAAAGCAAACCCCUUCAGCAUCUUGUUGACAAGCCGAAAACUUCGCCUUCUGAGCCUGCGCGCUCACCCUCCUUUUACCAGCCCCGAGUCGUGGAGGACAACGGAUUUAUUCCCUCGGCGACCGCAGGUAUCAGGCCACCUUCGCCGCCUCAAGCAUCCAUUGCACUCAACCUGCCUGAUGCGGAUGGCACCGAGCCCCCUAUCAAGCCGCUUCGAAGGACGCAGACACUAUCCAAUCGAGCUCCGGGCAAACUUUCAGUUCCCAAGCGACUACAGCGAAAAUGGCCUGCUCUGGCACGUGCAGACUCCGCAAAAGCCAUAAUCCCGCCGCAACCCAUUUCGAUACUGGGUUCGAGCCCAGUAACAACUUCUAUUUCCGCUCCACUGCCACCAAACCCGCCUGUCACGCGACAAUUGCGCUUUCAGAGCCAACAAGUAUCGGGCUUGCGCAAUCCCGGAGCGGAAAGCUCACAGCAGCCGCUCCAAUUGAAGGACCUUCCACGAAAACAGUCAAUGCCGCAACAGCAAAUACACUUUUCUGCUAUUACUCCUUCCAGGGGCGUCUUUCUUGCCCCAGGAAGCUCGUCGCAGGCGCAAUCCGAUUAUUUCAUGGCCUUUCCGACUGACACCACGCAUGGGAAAGAAUUCACCCCAGCGCUAUCGCCUGCGUCCACCGAAGAAUCCGGUCCUCGAUCAGAGUCGCCUUCUGUAUCUACGUUGGAGCCUCCUUCCCCGGGCUUGACAGAGUCAAUGUCACCGGCGGCACAUCCACUGAUCCGCGCCGAAUCAUCCACAGCUAGAAGCAAGAAGGGCAAGAGGAGCAGUGUCUUCACCAUGUUCAGGAAGUCGGCAUUCAACAAUAACAUGUUCGAAGAGACCGAGCUCCCCGCUACUGUUGGACAAUUGCCCGGAAGCGCAGAGACACCGGACAUCUUUGUGCACAGCCCUAAGGGCGCGGCGCAGUUGAAGAAGAGGUUGUCGAGCAUGUUGCCCGAGACACCACUUCCACCUUAUUUUUCGCGCCCAAAGUUUCGUCGAGGCGCAUCCGAAGACGCAUCUCCUUCCGCGUCCCCACGCACGGCAUCCCCUAUGCCCACCAUCGAGGACGACGAAGUACCCACACAACGGCCUCAACGAAGUCGUUACCAUAAUCGAUCAUCCUCGGAGCAAUUGUCCCCAACAGCAGUACCACGGCAUCGGCCAAGGUUGGCACGGCACCGUCAUACGCGGGAGAAUAUCCACGAUGACACCAGGAGGCGUUCAGCUCAGGUGAAUACCUCGCAGAGUUUGCCGACAUUAGCCAGUUCAAUCACAAACCCAAGCCCAAAGGCGCCGGCUAGCUUUGAGAAUGCCCAGCCUAGGCAAAAUCUCGAUUUUGAACCGUCAGGGCCGGACACAUUGUUAAAUGCGGCUCGGAAGAAGUUCAGUAUGCCAAGAGACAUGUUCCAGGAGCUACGGAAAACGCAUUCUGUAGGCUUUUUCAACACCCGUGAAAUUGUUACUGCGCAAAGAGAGCUGCAACCCCGAUCUUCCAUUGCCCCAUGGACGGCAUUACGACGACUGAGCGUGCGAGCCUCCCGAUCAGCCAAGGCAGUGAUGAAGCCGCGCACAAAGUCCUCACGCAAUCUUGGCUUGCAACUCAACAAGCCCUUGCCGGCCUUGCCAACAGCGGAUGACGACCCCAGGCAGGGAAGUGAGAUCUCUGAAGCCAACAAAGCAGAUCGACCAAAACGGAUUAUCACGGCGGCAGACUUGGAGGUCACAGAGUUUGAGCAGACGCCGUUCAGUCAGCGAUACAAUGACAGCAAGCGCGCACUGCAGCAGCAGAUCCGCUCACUUGUGCAGGAGGGCAUGGACGAAGACAAUGAGGAGGAUGAAGACAUUGUUCUUGGCUUUGAACAGGAUGUGCCUGACCAUUUCCCUAACUCGCCUUUGUGUCCGCUGCAUCCGAAGCACAAGAGCGGUGGCAAGGCGAUUUGUCCCCUACACGGGCGGUACAAGAAGGCGACAAGCAACGCAGUCGUUCGCGUGGGCCCUGCUAGAAGCAGACGCGUGUUGAGCGUGCAGAGUCUCAGACCGUUAGUCGAGGGCGAGGCCCAAGCUCAGCCUGUGCAACGACAUCAGUGGUCAAGUGACUCUGUUCCGAGCAGGAACAAGAUGGAGAUUGUGUUCGACACGAUGGUUCUCGAUCAAGCCAAAGCAAGAACGGGCAGUAUGGGUAGUGACGGAGCAGGCUUGCAACCUUCUCCAGCCAGAAGUGGAGAGCAGGAAGAAGUGGAUUGGAAGAUGGAGCAUCGUCGGAUGAGCGAGUCGGAAAUGAGAGGGCGGAAGAGGACGAGGGCUGAGUGUGGCUCCCAACGAACGCGUCGUCGACGACAUAGGAUGUGUCGCCGCUGA